AUGAUGUACAAGAGUUUGCAGGGGAGGAAGCCAAGUGUGCCUUGGAGAGGGGUCUAUUUUGGUAAUGGUGUCAGACCAACAGCUACCUUUAUUCUUUGGCUUGCUUGCAGAAACAGACUGCCGACCAAGGAUAGAAUUUGCAAAUUUGGAGUACAAACUGAUGAGAAAUGCAUCUAUUGUGGAGAGAAGGAAAGCUGUCAACACUUAUUUUUUGAGUGCAGGGUAACAAGACUUGUUUGGCUGCAAGUGUUGAAGUGGCUGAAGAUACAUCAUAUGCCCCACGGAUGGGACCUGGAAUUAGUAUGGAUAAGCAAAAAUGCUAGCAGGAGCAAUGGUAGAAGCAGAGCACUACAAAUAGCGAUAGCUGAAGCAGUGUAUGCUGUGUGGAGUGUGAGAAAUCAUAAGAUAUUCCAAGAGGACAAUCAUAUGGAGCUGGAUAACAACCAGAUUAUACAGAACAUAAAAUGGAGAAUGAGUGGGAAUCCUAAAUUGGAAGCAUAUUGCCAUACCCUUGAUAAUGAGUAG